CCCAACUUGCCUAUAUAGACAAAGGAUGAAGAAAGAUAGAGAGUUUGUGUGGAUUAGAGAAAGAGAGUCACUUCAUCCUCCCUCCAGUCACUGAAGCUGAACACAGGAACAACUAUUUGAACCGGUGAAACCCUUGGGAGCCGAGUCAACUCAUUUGCCACAGAGAUAUUGCCAAUAACACACUGUAAGUAUUGCAGUUUAUUGUGUAAGCCCAUUUGGGGGGAAAGGGGGGAUGGGGGUAUGAAAAUAGAUUUUAGAUAAUGAAAAGUCUGCACAAAGGUGGUAGACAGACCUAGCAGGCUCAGAAUUCAAUGUCCCCAGGAUUUGAUGAUUUGAGUUGAGAGGACAAGGACUUUUCUUAUUUCUUAGUAUUGUUGCAUUGUCGAGAAGGAACCUGCAAGUAAGCAUUUCGUUGGAAGGUGUAUCCUGUACAUACGACUAAUAAAACUUGAAAUCUCUCUGUGUCAACUCCACAAUGGCACAAGCAAAGGUGAGUGUGGGUUUGACUUUCAGGUACAGUCUACUAACAAAGACUUUAAAGAAUUUAAUCAAAGUUAGAAACGUAUAUCCUGCUGAGAUUCAUUUAGGUAAUAUGAGAUGGAACAGAACACAAUGCUGCACUUUUUCCAGACUAGUUUGGAUUUGUGUUUUAGGAUUUGGGAUGACACAACAGAGCGAACUAGCAAGGCUUCACAAAAGUAAAGGGCUACAAACUGGUUGUUACCAGUCAAUUCAAACAGUAUUAAGUGGAUGUUGAAAAUACUGUUUAUGUACACAGUGGUUAAGCAGUCUGUAUUUAAAUCCUAUGGUUACUGUAAUGAUGUCUAAGUAUGUCUUCUUGCAUUGAUUCCAACACUGAGAUGACAGAUGUUUGGUAAAAUCUCAAUACAUUCUUCUGUGUUUCAAUUUAUUUUAUGUGACUAUGUAAGUUAAAGCUUAAUUGAUAAGGACCAUUGAUCACACCAGUGGAAUUGAAGGUGCUGUGUUUGACUAAUGAUAAAAUGCUAACUUUGAGAUGGUCCAUGGAAGAUGUUGAAAGUAGACUGAUCAUUUGAAAAAUAAUUAAACGAUACCCCGGCCCUAACCAAACACAGCAGUAUUGCAGCUCAUAUUUGCUCAACAAAAGUAAUAAUUUGACCAGCAAAUUACAAAGCAUAAGCCAUGAAUAACUUUGAAAUAGCUAUAGGCCUAUUUUCCACCAAUAAAUAAUCAGAUCUAUGCAGAAACAGAGAGCUCCUUUUACAUAUUCUUUUGGGAUAGUCACCUGUUGAAGUGUCCUGGGUGAAGGAAUGUUUUUUGAAUUUUCAAGUCUCUCAGUCCAGCACCUGAUUCCCUUUUUGUUCAAGCUGGGCUGAAGUGCAUUUGGGUACACUUUUCCCCCAUUGAAAUAGGAGCUGGGGCUAUGAGUCCUUACAGGGCCGGACCUAGCCUUUUGGGGUCCCUAAGCGAGAUUUGGUUGGGCCCCCCCCCCCCCCCCCCCCCCCCCCCCACCUCACUGGCAAAACAUUUUAGUGGCCUCUCUUGACAACGGAGAUAAUUUUAGUUUAAACAUUUCCUGCAAUUCUUGACAUUUUGCCAUGGGGAGUAGAGAAGUUUAGUAAUUUGAUAACAUAUUCCAGGCAAUUCUACUCAUUUAGCCAUGGGGUGGAGAGAGAAAUGUUUGCCGUUUUAAAGCUAAUUUCCUGCAAUGCUACACAUUUUGCCAAUACUUAUGCUAUGUUAAUGAUAUCUGAAUGAGAGUGACUAACAAAAUCAAAGGGGGGCCCCUAGAGAUCAGUGUUCCCGAUCGGUGAGCCCGAUCGGUGUUCGGCCAUGAUUACUACAAAGUUUAGAUAGCUGGCUAGACUAACUUACCAAUCUAAAAAUUGUUAACUGAUUGAGUGACUGUCAGUGACUGACAUAACAAGAGAAAAACUGCUGAUGCACAACCAAAUUUCGAAAUUGCACCUUGUGUAUUCUACUAUUCUAACACUCAACAGUAAAUUGAGAACCUGAAUGAGUUCAUUAAAAUAUGUUUUAAUUUUUUUUUUGGGGGGGGGCCUAGCGGCCGGGGGCACUAAGCAACCGCUUAUGUUGCCUAUGCCUGGGGCCGGCCAUGCAUACACAUCCUUAUAUAGUGGUGCAGCAGGUGCUGAAUCAGUCAACUCUGACAUGCUCUGCAGAAUAUCUUAUUCAAGUGACGAAACUUGAUGCAACACCUCAACACACUGUAUAACAUCACUAGUUUGCUUUGCUAGUUAGUUGACGGUAUCUAGCAAGUUUGUUGUUUAGCUUCGUUUUUUGGGCUGCUCUUUCUUUGGGGGGCUGCUCUUUCUUGGGGGGCUGCUCUUUUUUUGGGGGGCUGCUCUUUUUUUGGGGGGCUGUUCUUUCUUUGGGGGGCUGCUCUUUCUUGGGGGGCUGCUCUUUCUUGGGGGGCUGCUCUUGCCUAUGUGUGCUGAUUACCUGUAACUACAUGAGUAUGGUUAACUUUAACUAAACACAAAAGGGCAUGAAUACAGAACCUCUCAUGAAGCACGAUGUGGGUUGUUGUUUGGGUUAGGGUCUGGCACACACACACACGCACACACACACACGUGCCCUAUUCCCAGAUCUCUUCACUCAGAGUUCUCUAUUGGUCAUUGGCCUGGAUACGACCGUACACUUGUGUGUAUGAACUGGAGUACCAGCACUCUCCUCCAUUGCGAAACACUUGUUUCCUGUCAGCCAACAUAGUUUAUUGGAGGCAGAUAACUGGGGGUGGGAGGAGGAUAUACAAUAGAUAACAUGGUUUCAACACAAUAACAGGAAUCAGAUGUUGGGAAAAUAGCCUGUGUCAAACUGACUCUGGAACAUGGACCAUCUUGCCAUCACCAUUAAUAAUUCUCAAGCUUUGGCCACCAGCAUUUAACCAUUCAUAAAUGACUCAAUGAUUAAUGCUUUUAAACACUUGGUGGUUUUAUGAUAUGGGUGGUCACUGUUAUUGUGAAGAAGACACUGUUUACGAUCAGAAUCACCUUUAAUGCCAACUACAUUUACACAUACUUAGUGAUAUGAUGCUGCUAGUGAUAUACAACAUUUAGAGACAGAAUACAGACAGGAGUUUACACAUAGUUUCUCCCCCACACAAGCAACAUUUCCUUCUGGGAACCCGCAAUCUUUGACCCCUGUACAGAUUCUGAGAAAGGGUGAGGAAAUUGUAAAUUGUCCUUUCAAGGGGAAAGGUCUUUAGGGAGAUGAAGUGUUUGUUUAGUUUUUGUCCACUUCGAUUGUUGAGAAACCGGUUCCAGCACUCCACACACAUGCUGUUUUGAGCAUUUGUAUGAGGUUAGACUGUAGAGAGCUUAAAUGAAAUGGGGUUGGCAGCGGGGGUGGGUUGUCCAGCAGUCCCUCCUAAAAUCUUAUGGGUCAAGGAGCAUCCUGCUCUCCUUCAAGCCUUUUAGUUCCUCACUGUGGGGGGUUAGUAGAACUCACCGCUGCCCCUGCGGUUUAACAGGACAAAGAGCUGUGCAGCUCCACACAAACACACACACACACACACACUCUCUUUCGCUCUUUCUGACUCACUUACUUAGCAACCAUACAUGCUACAGCAGGACAGGGAAUCAGACUGCAGUAUUUGACUUGCACACUGUGGAGAUACCGUAAAGAAGACAAAACAUUUAGGGGUUUUCUUUGUUUUUCUCUUUUACUUGGCUUCCACAGACCCUCAAUUGUUGAGGUAAGAGAUUUUGGUGCAGGAUUUUGUCAGGGAGGAGAAACGCAUCUUUGAAUUCUUGCUUGUGAUGGCGAGUAAGAUGGCUAAGAGCAUGAGUGACGUACAAGAAGGAAUAACUACAUUGACAUCUGACUUACUAUAAAACAUCUGUUAGCAAGGUUGAUGAUAUGAAUGUACAGAUUAGCUUAAAAUAAGAUCUGUUAUUGUAAAUACAAGGAACACAAUGAGUGUUAUUGUUUGAGAGGACUUUAUCACGCAGAGCAGUUCGAUAGUGUGUACAUUGUCCUAGUACAUCUUAACUGCCUAUCUUUGUAGAAUUUAAGGGGGGACAAUGUACAUGUUUGUAAGCGACUAAUAAUCAUGUCUGUCCAUUUUGUUUUGGAUUCUGUGCAUUUUCACUGUUGCAGGACAAUGGUGAAAGACGAACACUGAGAUAGGCAGUGCAAAUAGUUUCUCUAAAAGGCAUUCAUUACCUUUGACUUUAAUAUGAAAUGUUGUUUGAAAUGAAUACCCAUUUAUUAGAUGAUAUAUACGUUGAUGACCUGGAUGACUUCUGAGUAAUAUUGUGUAAUUCAGUCUCAUGGAAUAAAGUGUCAAUAAGGUUAAUAGGAACUGAAUGAAUUAUGUUAUCUCCCUAGUUUCGAAGGAGAUUGAUGCGACCCUAGAAACCUAGUAACAAACAAUAAAUCGCUCCUUUUAUGACCGAGAGUGACCUAUGGGAUGUCUAGUAUUGAGUCGUUUUACAAGUAAGGAAAUACAUACUCUGUUUGGGCUCUUUAGGUCCGAGUCUUGAAAAUCGUGACUCAAGUCAGACUUGAGUCUGAGUUCUGGACUUGAGUAGUACAGAACUGGCCUGGGUUUCCUAAAAGCAUCUUAGCACUAAGAUCAUCUUAACCCUAGAGUCGAUGUCCGCUCCCCCGCGGGAAUCUAAUUUGAAUUUUAAAAAAUCCUCAUAAAAAUCUGUCUGUUUAAGCUACAGAUAUUUGUUGCAUGGGCUGCGUCUCAAUCCACCGCAUACGCCGAUGUCGGCCAUUCACAUCUGUGGUAAAAGGUGGCAGAGCUACAGCGGUGUUUGUCAGAUGAUGAGACAUCCCAAAAAUCGGUCUUCUCACGAAAACGUCCCACAAGCGUCACAAGACUCGCCUGAAGUCGGUACCGCCGAUCUGCCAACUUCUGUCUGUAGCAUCCGUACAGUUUGGGCUUGGUUGUGUUGCUCUAGGACACCCACAAGCCUCACAGGACUCGUCUGAAGGCAGCCCGGUACCAGUUUAAAAAAGGAAUGGAAGCAUAUAGAUGUAGUUUAGUGGCAAAAAAAAAAAAAGUGAAAUAUGUGUAAAACAUUUUUAAACAUAAUUUCCUGACCUUUCUUAUGUCUCUCAGAUAUAGGACAGACACUUCGAAACAAACUCCCUUUUAGAUUUUUGACUAACUGUUUUUCCAUGUAUGAAUCUGUUAUUCAGUGCGUUUCUAUGGGCUAAUAGCGCCAAGGCCAAAUUCAAUGUUCCAUCACAGACAGUACCAGUCAAAAGGUUGGACACACCUACUCUUUCAAGGGCUUUUCUUUAUUUUUACUAUUUUCUACAUUGUAGAAUAAUAGUGAAGACAUCAAAACUACGAAAUGACACAUAUGGAAUCAUGUAGUAAACAAAAAGGUGUUAAACAAAUCAAAAUAUAAAUUUAUUUUAUAUUUGAGAUUCUUCAAAUAGCCACCCUUUGCCUUGAUGACAGCUUUGCACACUCUUGGCAUUCUCUCAACCAGCUUAACCUGGAAUGCUUUUCCAACACAUAUGCUGAGCACUUGUUGACUGCUUUUCCUUCACUCUGCGAUCCAACUCAUCCCAAACCAUCUCAACUGGGUUGAGGUCGGGUGAUUGUGGAGGCCAGGUCAUCUAAUGCAGCACUCCAUCACUCUCCUUCUUGGUCAAAUAGCCCUUGCACAGCCUGGAGGUGUGUUUUGGGUCAUUGUCCUGUUGAAAAACAAAUGAUAGUCCCACUAAGUGCAAACCAGAUGGGAUGGCGUAUCGCUGCAGAAUGCUGUGGUAGCCAUGCUGGUUAAGUGUGCCUUGAAUUCUAAAUAAAUCACAGACAGUGUCACCAGCAAAGCACCACCACACCAUCACACCUCCUCCUCCAUACUUCAUGGUGGGAACCACACAUGCGGAGAUCAUCCGUUCACCUACUCUGCAUUUCACAAAGACACAGCGGUUGGAACCAAAAAUCUCACAUUUGGACUCAUCAGACCAAAGGACAGAUUUCCACUGGUCUAAUGUCCAUUGCUCAUGUUUCUUGGCCCAAGCAAGUCUCUUCUUCUUAUUGGUGUCCUUUAGUAGUGGUUUCUUUGCAGAAAUUCGACCAUGAACGCCUGAUUCACGCAGUCUCCUCUGAACAGUUGAUGUUGAGAUGUGUCUGUUACUUGAACUCUGUGAAGCAUUUUUAUGGGCUGCAAUUUCUGAGGCUGGUAAUUCAAAUGAACUUAUCCUCUGCAGCAGAGUUAAAUCUGGGUCUUCCUUUCCUGUGGCGGUCCUCAUGAGAGCCAGUUUCAUCAUAGCGCUUGAUGGUUUUUGCGACUGCACUUGAAGAAACUUUCAAAGUUCAUGUCUUAAAGUAAUAAUGGACUGUCGUUUCUCUUUGCUUAUUUGAGCUGUUCUUGCCAUAAUAUGGACUUGGUCUUUUACCAAAUAGGGCUAUCUUCUGUAUACCACCCCUACAGUGGCUUGCGAAAGUAUUCACCCCCCUUGGUAUUUUUCCAAUUUUGUUGCCUUACAACCUGGAAUUAAAAUUGAUUUUUGGGGGGUUUGUAUCAUUUGAUUUACACAACAUGCCUACCACUUUGCAGAUGCAAAAUAUGUUUUAUUGUGAAACAAACAAGAAAUAAGACAAAAAAACGGAACUUGACCGUGCAUAACUUUUCACCCCCCCCCCCCCUCUUUAAGUCAUACCACAGAUUCUCAAUUUGAUUGAGGUUUUGACUAGGCCAUUCCAAGACAUUUAAAUGUUUUCCCUUAAACCACUCGAAUUGUUGCUUUAGCAGUAUGCUUAGGGUCAUUGUCCUGCUGGAAGGUGAACCUACGUCCCAGUCUCAAAUCUCUGGAAGACUGAAACAGGUUUCCCUCAAGAAUUUCCCUGUAUUUAGCGCCAUCCAUCAUUCCUUCAAUUCUGACCAGUUUCCCAGUCCCUGCCGAUGAAAAACAUCCCCACAGCAUGAUGCUGCCAUCACCAUGCUUCAGUGUGGGGAUGGUGUUCUCGGGGUGUUGAGAGGUGUUGGGUUUGCGCCAGACAUAGUGUUUUCCUUGAUGGCCAAAAAGCUCAAUUUUAGUCUCAUCUGACCAGAGUACCUUCUUCCAUAUGUUUGGGGAGUCUCCCACAUGCCUUAUGGCGAACACCAAACAUGUUUGCUUAUUUUUUUCUUUAAGCAAUGGCUUUUUUCUGGCCACUCUUCCAUAAAGCGGGCUCCCGAGUAGCGCAGCGGUCUAAGGCACUGCAUCGAAGUGCUUGAGGCGUUAUUACAGACCCCCUGGUUCGAUUCCAGGCUGUAUCACAACCGGCCGUGAUUGGGAGUCCCAUAGGGCGGCGCACAAUUGGCCCAGCGUCGUCCGGGUUUGGUCUUAACUGACUUGCCUAGUUAAAUAAAGGUAAAAAAAUAAAUAAAUGUUUUUAUAUAAAUAAAUAAAAAAUAGCCCAGCUCUGUGGAGUGUACGGCUUAAAGUGGUCCUAUGAACAGAUACUCCAAUCUCCGCUGUGGAGCUUUACAGCUCCUUCAGGGUUAUCUUUGGUCUCUUUGUUGCCUCUCUGAUGAAUUCCCUCCUUGCCUGGUCCGUGAGUUUUGGUGGGCGGCCCUCUCUUGGCAGGUUUGUUGUGGUGCCAUAUUCUUUCCAUUUAUUAAUAAUGGAUUUAAUGGUGCUCCGUGGGAUGUUCAAAGUUUCUGAUAUUUUUUUAUAACCCAACCCUGAUCUGUACUUCUCCACAACCUUGUCCCUGACCUGUUUGGAGAGCUCCUUGGUCUUCAUGGUGUUGCUUGCUUGGUGGUGCCCCUUACUUAGUGGUGUUGCAGACUCUGGGGCCUUUCAAAACAGGUGUAUAUAUACUGAGAUCAUGUGACAGAUCAUGUGACACUUAGAUUGCACACAUGUGGACUUUAUUUAACAAAUUAUGUGACUUCUGAAGGUAAUUGGUUGCACCAGAUCUUAUUUAGGGGCUUCAUAGCAAAGGGAGUGAAUACAUAUGCACACACCACUUUUCCGUUAUUAAUUUUUUAGAUUUUUUUUCAUUUCACUUCACCAAUUUUGACUAUUUUGUGUAUGUCCAUUACAUGAAAUCCAAAUAAAAAUCCAUUUAAAUUACAGGUUGUAAUGCAACAAAAUAGGAAAAACUUUUGCAAGGCACUGUACCUCGUCACAACACAACUGAUUGGCUCAAAUGCAUUAAGAAGGAAAUAAAUUACACAAAUUAACUUUUAACAAGGCACACCUGUUAAUUGAAAUAUAUUCCAGGUGAUUACCUCAUUAAGCUGGUUGAGAGAAUGCCAAGAGUGUGCAAAGCUGUCAUCAAGGCAAAGGGUGGCUAUUUGAAGAAUCUCAAAUAUAAAAUAUAUUUUGAUUUGUUUAACACUUUUUUGGUUACUACAUGAUUCCAUAUGUGUUAUUUCAUAGUUGUGAUGUCUUCACUAUUACUCUACAAUGCGGAAAAUAGUCAAAAUAAAGAAAAACCAUGGAAUGAGUAGGUCUCCAAACUUUUGACUGGUACUGUACCUAAAGGGGUCCUAAAAUUCUAAACCAAAUAGCUAAAUGAUCCAUGGUAUGACCAUCUUAAAACAAUUCCAUAUGUUAGCUUAGUAGAACCCCACCCCACCCCCGGCUUAGACGCUACGGUGUUAAUUUUUAAUCCAUUUGAUUUCAAUUUAAUUAUCUUAGUGCUACGAUGCUUUUGGGAAACCCAGCAAUAGUAUUUAGUGUUUGAGCUUUGAGGUGGCUGGAUCCUUUCCCACUCUCUCUUUGUCUGUCUGUUUUGACCCCCUGCAGGUUGAGUGAGUCGUGAUGGCUUCCUGCAGUGUGUCUAUCUACUUCCUAUUACCACUCAUCGCUGCCAUGUCAGCAGCAGAGCCGCCAGGCUGCAGGAUCCGGAUCACCAACAGAGGCCUCGAAAUGUGUAAGGAAUUCACAACAAAAACACUCAGUGCCAUCAGAAAGUAUUCAUGCCCCUUGACUUAUUCCACAUUUUGUUGUGUUACAGCCUGAAUUCAAAAUUGAUUGAAUUAAUUGUUCGCAAAUGUAUUGAAAAUGAAAUACAGAAAUAUUUCAUUUACAUAAGUAUUCACACCCCUGAGUCAAUACAUGUUAGAAUGAUCUUUGGCAGCGAUUACAGCUGUGAGUCUUUCUGGGUAAGAGCUUUGCACACCUGGAUUGUGCAACAUUUGCGCAUUAUUCUUUUGAUUCAAGUUGGUUGAUGAUCAUUGCUAGACAGCCAUUUUCAAGUCUUGCCAUAGAUUUUCAAGCCGAUUUAAGUCAAAACCGUAACUCGGCCACUCAGGAACAUUCACUGUCUUCUUGGUAAGCAACUCCAGUGUAGAUUUGGCCUUGUGUUUUAGGUUAUUGUCCUGCUGAAAGGUGAAUUUGUCACCCAGUGUCUAUUGGAAAGCAGACUGAACCAGGUUUUCCUCUAGGAUUUUGCCUGUGCUUAGCUCUAUUCUGUUUCUUUUUAUCCUAAAAAACUCCCUAGUCCUUGCCUAAGACAAGCAUACCCAUAACAUGAUGUAGCCACCCACAUGCUUGAAAAUAUGAAGCGUAGGACCGGAUCACCGAGGUGGGACCCGGACCCUUCAUUGAUAAGUCUGGGAAGAGAGGCAAGCGGUGUUUAACCAAGGCAGACACAGGCGGCGGGGGGAUACCCAAAGAACCUGGUCGCCCUCUCUCUUACUGCCUAAACCGAGUGAGGUUUGUUGUGACAGAAGUACCUCCAAGUGGGACUUCCAAUCGGGGUACGUCACUGAUUGCCGGAGCCCCCGAACCCAGAGUAGACGGGGCUUCAGGCAAACCUUGGCUCAUAAACACAGUUGUGUCAACCCAAAGUUCCAUAGUGUGCACGAGUGUCCAAAGUGUUGCGUCUCCCACAUGUGGCUUCAAUGAAAAGUGUCCCUUCUCCACAUUCAGACACAUGGUGGUCGUGAGUGGUGGAAAGGGAAAAAUAACCAAUCUCUCCCUUCCACAAGGUGGCGUCCCAUCCCAUCAGAUGGAACUUGACGGGAGGUUCGCUGUCUGCUCCAACCAAUGGUGCGCAUGCGCAGUAUUGCUCUGGAUCAAGCAAACAUUAUUUUCCAGCGCUGAGUGCUAGUCGCUCACCUCUCUCACAGCCUAAACCGUUGGCUCCGGGUGUCCUCGUCAGGCCUACGGGCCCUGGCCCAGGGGUGAGAUCCUCUGUUAUUGUCAGGGGGCUCCCAUGGUUUCAGUAGUACCCCACAGGGAGGUCACGACAGACGCAUUCGCCCCGAGGGUGCGGUGCACUGUAAGAUGGCAGAGCACACUGCAUAUCAAUUACCUGGAGCUCCUAACGGUGUAUCUGGUGCUCAGGCACUUCCUCCCGCCUUUGUCGGGCCGGCUUGUGCUGGUCAGAACCGGCAAUAUUUAUGGUGGUGGUGCCAUACAUCAACAGACGGUGAGGGACUCAGUCUCUCUCCCUCCUAACCUUGGUUCUCCCCAUUGCUGUGGAGCAGCGCUCACAUGUUCUCGCUUCCUGCGACGCAUGUCCCUGGUUGCCUCAACUCGGGCGCAGAUCUUCUGGCCAGGUGGGCCCCUCUCUCUUAGGAGUGGUGGGUACACCCCUGGGUGGUCUCCCAGAUAUAUGAAAUGUUCGGCAGGGCCGACGUAGAUCUUUGCUCAUCGCAAGGAAGCACUCUUUGUUGAAUGUUUCUCUCGAUGAGGGACCCAAACACUUCAUUGGGAACUGACGCACUGGAGCACCAUUGGUCUCGGACCCUCCUUUACGCAUUUCCCCCCAUUGUCCACAUCGACGGGGCUGUAGUGGAGCAGGUCGAGAGCUUUAAGUUCCUCGGUGUCCACCUCACUAAGGACAUAUCAUGGUCAUAACACAGCCACCCACUCAGGAGGCUGAAAAGAUUUGGCAUGGGACCUCAGAUCCUCAAAAAAGUUAUACAGCUGCAACACUAAGUACAUCUUGACUGGCUGCACCACCUCUUGGUAUGGCAACUGCUAGUCAUCCGACCGCAAGGCGCUACAGAGGGUAGUGCGUACGGCCCAGUACAUCACUGGGGCCGAGCUCCCUGCCAUCCAGAACUUCUAUACAAGGCGGUGUCAGAGGAAGCACCUCAAAAUUGUCAAAGACUCCAGCCACCCAAGUCAUAGACUGUUCUCUCUGCUACCGCAUGGCAAGCGGUACCGGAACGCCCAGUCUGGGACCAAAAGGCUCCUGAACAGCUUCUACUCCCAAGCCAUAAGAUUUGUUAAAUAGUUAACCAAAUAGCUACCUGGACUAUGUGCAAUGACCCUUUUUACACUAACUUUUCUGACUCAUCACAUACGCUGCUGCUACUGUUUAUUAUCUGUCACUUUAUUCCUAGUUAUAUAUACAUAUCUACCUCAACUACUGCACAUCGACUCGGUACUGGUACCCCGUGUAUAUAGGCAAGUUAUCGUUAAUCAUUGUGUAUUUAUUAUUACUUUUAUCAUUAUGUGUUUUACUUUUCUAUUAUUUCUCUAUUUUCUUUUUUGGUUCACGGAGAUAAUUUGCCUUUUAGGCGGUGACCUGUGACAACUCCCGUUGUGCAGGGACCUGUUGUCCCAGGCGCACGGGCAGGUUUGGAACGCAAAGCCGGAGAUUUAGUUUCUAUUGGCCUGGCCCCUAAGAGGGCCAAUCUGACGGCUAGAGCUAGAGGGUUACCUCCGAACGUUAUUGCUACUAUUCAGUCUGCAAGGGCUCCCUCCACGGGGGGCUGUAUGCGUAUUUAGUGGCAGGGGUUGGAGCUCUGGUGCCAAGAUAAAGGGCUGGUUCCUUUUCAGUGCUAUGUGAGGGACAUCCUUAUGUUCCUGUAGGAGCUUUUCGAGCAAGGGCGGCCAUUCUCCACACUAAAAGUGUACAUGGCGGCUAUUUCAGCAUGUCAUGUGGGAAUUGAUGGUGCCACUCCCCUGGCGGUGCGGUUCCUAAAAGGGUGUGCGCCGGCUCAUACCGGUCUCUAAACCUAUUGUGCCCACUUGGGAUUUAGCUUUGGUUUUGGAUGCUUUGUGAGGCCCCUUUUUGAACCACAGGAGGCUGUGGAUCUGCGUAUCCUCUCCUACAACACCUCCUUGCUCGUGCUUUUGGCUUUGGAUAUGCGUGUUGGGGACCUCCACGCAUUAUCUGUACACCCUUCCUGUACUCAGUUCACCCCGGGCAACUCUAAGGUGACAUUGCAUCCAAAUGCGUCCUUCCUUUUUCUAGGGGUUGAUAAUUUUUAUGUUGUGGCAAAUAAAGUCUAACAUUUUAAAGUGGAAAUCACUAACUUUAGAAGCCUUUAUAAACCUUAAUACACUACAAGGUUACGUUUCCUGCUGUGCAGGAAAAUCCUUAGCAACAAACAAAUUAAGAUCCUACAUCUCUAUACGCAUGUACAUUGAGGGACCCGGGAUAUCCAGUUAUGUGACCUGAUUUUUGUCUGUUUUGCUAAUCCAGCUCAAGGCAGGGCAGCAUCUCCCGCAGGAUUGUAGACGCUAUCUCCCUGUCGUAUAGCAGCUAGCGGUGUAUGCGCCGACUUCAUUUGUGCUGCGUUGAGUUGGGCAUCAACACACACUGUUGUGUGGUUUUAUUGCUUGGAUGUCACUGCUACCAGUGUAGCCCACAGUGUGCUUACAGCUGGGACAGAGGAAAAUCACUAGGCAGCGCACCAUGUGCAAUACCCAGGUCAGGUCUGGGUGGUCUGCCAUGGGGCGUUUUAUUUAAUAUCCGUUGGGGUAGGCUUGGGUGGGAUUCCAUUUCCCCAUAGUAUGUUAUACCGAAGUUGACUGACUGAAAGGGAACGUAACGUUAUGACUAUAACUACUGUUCUCUGGAGGAGGGAAACAAGGUACAGCUCCUGUUUGGCCCCACACAGCCCGUUCCUGGGCUCGGUGAAGUGCGGUAUUCAAUUGAAGGAAUGAAUCUGAGCCUCACUCUUAUCACCUGUGGAAGACGGAGCUUCCAACGAGGCGCAGAUUUCAUUGGCUUUGUCAGGCGCGAUUUUGGUUCCUUCAGCGAACAGUAGCUAUAGUCAUAACGUUACGUUUUCAACAGUCUCCAAUGGUCUCCAACAGUACUCAAUGUUCCUGGAAAGUCUUCAAUGGUCAGUCUUGACCAAAGGAAGACAUCACCUCCACUGCAUUGCCACUAUCAGGAUUUUGCUCUACUUUAGCCUCUAUUACCCAAACAAUGCACCUUAAUCCACUUAGAUCCUCUUAGUUGUGUGGGCUGUCUUCGUAAGGCAUUGGCUAGGUAGCUUUAGACUCUAAACUUAACUAUUUCAAACCUGCCUUUCAGUGAAGUACGAGACCCAGAAGUUUGUGGUGGAGGAACUGAGCAACAUCACCAUGCCAGAGAUGAAGGGCAAUGAGGGUCGCUUCCAGUACACCAUCAAUGAGUAAGCCCUGGGCUGGGAUCCAUCCACCUUAUCGAUCCAAUGUUGCUGCCGCUAUGUUCCAAUGGUUCCAGAUCCUUUGAUAUCUGUGCCUAUCAAUGAACUGUGGGUAGUGUCUGUCUGGAUAGAUUUUCCAAGAACCUGGAUUUCUAGAAGAUGACCUAUAAAGCUCAGCAACUGAAUACUCCCUUUCAAAAGAUAAAGACCAGAUGGCUUCACUCACCACAUGAAGUGAAAAAGAAAGGUGUGCAAAGUGAUCUGUCUGGUCUACGAGGCUAGAACUUCUUCAUCUUCUGUAAGAGAAAGUCCAGUAGCCAAGCUGACUUUAUGGGUCAUCUUCUAGAAAUCCGGGUUCUUGGAAAAUCAACACCAGUAGACAGCAUUGCUACCCACUCACUGUUUCUGCUUUGGCCAACUUCAACCAACUGGCAACCAGGCUACAAGAUUGCGGCUACUAAAAGGGAACUUCUGGUGAAUUUCAUGUGAAUUUCUAGUGACUUUCUAGUAUCAGCCCAAGCACUGAUCCAAGUGUCUUCCUUCCUGUGGUUCAGGGUGAAAAUAACUGAGUUGAACCUGACCUACGCUGACCUGGCCUUCCAGCCUGGUCUGGGUCUGCUCUUCGAGGUGCAGAACUCCUCCAUCGCCCUCAGUUUCCAGAGACGCGUCCUAUACUGGUUCUUGUAAGUCUUUCUCUCUAUCCUCUAUGGUCUCUCUAGUGCAUUUGACAAGAAAAUAAUGGGUUUGUAUGCAAAAUAAUGCCUGUGGUGAAAUACUCACAAUAGUAUAUUGUAUAGCCUUGAGGAGUUCAGUCAUACAGAGGUAGGCUAGAUUGAUGACUCAUCUCCUUUGAAGUCAAACUUCAGAGAUAAUCGAUGUCCAAGAAUAGUUUCUUGGAAGUGCUUACCUUUUGAUGCUACUUAAUGUGGUUGAGAUGAUGACGUUGAUGAGGAUGAUGAUGAUCUGAGAAGGUUUCUUCUUCAUGGUCUUGUAGCUAUGACACCGGAGCCAUCAACGCCUCUGCAGAAGGCGUGAACAUCCACACUGUCCUGCACAUGACCAAAGAUGAGUUGGGCCGUCUCAAGAUCUCCAACAUCACCUGUGAUGCCUCCAUCGCCAAAAUGAAAAUGAAGUUCACUGGCACCUUGGGGUAAAUCCUGUUGAGAGUUUUUUGUUGUAUGCUUGAGCUGCUUUCUUGAUCAGUGGCCAUAUGUAUCAAGCAUCUUAGAGUAGGAGUACUGAUCUAGGAUCAGGUUCUCCCUGUCUAUAAUAAUUGUAUUCAUUAUGAUCUAAAAGGCAGAGAACCUAAACUUGCGUGCAAUGUGGAGCUAUUAGUCGGUCUUGAAUCAAGAGAGACUAAUUGCAGUGAUGUAGGCUAGUAGCAGUAUUUUUCAGCUAGUGAUUUUUUUGACAUGAGUGGGUGUAAUCAGAGCCAUGUAUUUAGAUAUACGUCUCUGGGUGUAAUUCAACUCUGCUUUACUCCUUUGCAGGAGGGUGUAUGACUUCCUGGCGACGUUCUUGACCACAGGAAUGCGCUUCCUUCUGAACCAACAGGUUCUGACAGAUCAGUUGAUUUCAUUCUAGAAUGCUGGUUUACGACGACAUGUCAACACCUACGACUAAAUCCUCAUUGGUUGAGCUGGCAAAUCAGCUGUUUACUGAGCAUGAAUAUGUAUGAUGACUGUCACGCCCACACUGUUCUGUUCAGAGUGAAUAUGGCAAAUAGGGGUAGACAUAAAAGCUGAAUUAUUAUUUUUGGAAGAAAAUGUAUUUACCUCAUCUUGUAAUGAAUUAUAGGUCAUAUUUAAUUGAAAUGUGGAGCACUGGACUGUUACUUUAACAUGUCUGCUGUUUUCAUAGAUCUGCCCUGCCAUGAACCAUGCUGGUUUGGUUUUAAUCAACUCAUUGUUGGAGACAAUUCCAGGUAAGAUAGUACAGUGGUUCAUUGGCAAAUGCCUUGAGAGAUUGGUUAUAAACAUAACUAACAUUUUAAAAAAGAGUUUAAAAUAACUUUUGCACGCAGAAAGAAAAUGGUGUGCUUGUUUUGAUUUCAACCCAUCCAGUGCGAACUGAAGUGGACAAGUAUGUGGGGAUCGACUACUCUCUCCUAAGUGACCCAGUGGUGACUUCAAGGAGUCUUGACAUGGAUUUCAGGGUGAGUGAGAUAGUCGAUCGAUAGCUAGCUAUGCAUUAGUUUCAUGCAUCAUGGCCAUAUCAUGUGUAUAUUAUGUAGGUAUGUUUUGGGUAUUAAACCCUUUAUUGGAGGGGUACCCAAGGACUUCAUAACACACUCAAAACCACACAUUAUGCAUUCAUAAGCAGUACAUAUGACCGUGAGUUGAUAUUUUCGUUAUGUCACAGUAAUGUCACUGAUACUGCAACAAUUAUCAACAUGUGGUUGUUGACAUAAUUGAACUGCUUAUGAAUGUGUUAUGAAGCCCUUAUGUAGGUACCCCUCAAAUAAAAUGUAAUCUAUUUUUGCAUCUCUCUCUCCCUCUCUCUCACCCCCCCCCCCCCCCCCCCCCCCCACAGGGCAUGUUCUUUGAGCUCGGGAACGAGAGCAACACCUUGGUCAACUAUGCCGUCAACCCAAUCGUGAGAGAGUACGACCGCAUGGUGUACCUGGGUCUGUCCGAGUACUUCUUUGACAGCGGGUUGUACUCCUAUUAUAAAGCCGGCAUAUUCCAAAUGAAUAUCGCCAACGAGCGCGUAAGUAUGAGACCAGAGUCCCCCGUUAUGUCUUGCAACCCUAUUCCCUCCCCUGCAUUUUAGCCUACACAUUACUUAAGUUAUUCUUAGCUCCAAGGUGUAAAUUAUUCCAUAUUGGCAUAUUGGCCUAAGAACUGGUGUCUGCUUCAGAGGUCGUGCCAGACAUGUUGACACAGAUUUUAAUACGCAGUUGAGUCAUCAUUGGUACAGCACCUCUUUACAUAAUAAGGUGAUCUGCCGCAAACCCAAUCAUUAAGCAAAAAAAAAUACAACAUCUGUAUAGAAAAAAGGGAGUCUGCAUAGAUGGAAUUUCUGAGUGUUUCUUUUUUUUUUUUUUACAGCAUACCAGUAUUGUUCUGGUAGUAAUAUGACAUGAAUAUAGUAAUUUCAAAUACAUCCAAUUGAAUGCCUGUUGAAUACUAUGUUCUCAGAUGCCAAAGGAUCUGGAGCUGCUCCUCAGGACGACCUAUUUUGGCACCCUUAUGAUGAUGGUGAGGAUAUACACUACCAGUCAGAAGUUUGGACAUACCUACUCAUUCAAGGGUUUUUCUUUAUUUUUACAUUGUAGAAUAAUAGUGAAGACAUCAAAACUAUGAAAUAACACAUAUCAUGAUGUAACCAAAAAAGUCUUAAACAAAUCAAAAUAUAUUUUAUAUUUGAGGUCUGAGCAAGGCCCCCCCCCCCCCCAACUGCCCCCCAAAUAAUAAUAAUUAAAACAAUUAUUAUUAUUUUUAGUGGGGAAACAGCUAACUUCCUACAAUUCUACUCAUUUUGCCAUGGGGCAAAGAGAAACAUUUGCAGUUUUAUAGCUGAUCUCAUGCUAUUCUACACAUUUUGCCAUGAUGCUAAGGGGAAAAUGCAGCUGUUUUAAAGCUAGUUUCCUGCAAUUCUACACACAUUAUAAUGCCAUGGGGCAGAGGGAACAAUUCACAGUUUUAUAGCUAAUCUCAUGCUAUUCUACACAUUAUGUUACACACGCGUGCACGUUUGUGUCUGCGUGCAUGUGUGUGUAUCUCAGAACCCAGCCCUGGUGGAGUACCCUAUCUCCCUGCAACUGGAGUUGAACUCAGCCCCCAAGACUACCAUCAAGACCUCCGGGGCCACUGUGGCCGUCACCGCCAUCGUCACAGUGAUGGUGCUACCGCCCGGCACGGCGCCUGUUCAGCUCAGCAGCAUGACCAUGGUGAGGUUUUGUCUUCUCAUGUUGUUCAUUUGUCAGUUACUGAUAUUUCUCAAAAAAUAAGAAAGGAAAAAACUCCAUUAGAAUGGUUGAUAAUUAGACUAAGGAUUAGUUCUGUAGGAACGGAAGGAUACAUAUUGUUUCAAAUGCAUCCUUCCUUCCUCCGUUCGUUGAGGUAAUCACUGAUAUGUAAGUGAGUGGAUAGACUCAUUUCACCAGUCUUAGCCUGUCAGAUUAGUGAUUUCCUCAAGAAAAGCAGGGAGGAAGGAAGGGUGAAGACCAACGCACUGAUAAAGCUUCUCUUUCUGUUCCUUGCAGGAGGCCAAAUUCAAUGCCAAGGUGUCCAUGAAGGGCAAGAGACUGGCUGUCCAUGCAGACUUGAGGAGGUAAGCAUGCGUAUUCACACGCACGCACGCCAUAUCUCUGUAGCAUCACAGGCAAAUUCAGAAAGUAUUCUGUUUUUAUCGACAGGUUUAAAAUCUUCUCCAACCAGUCUGCUUUGGAAUCACUGGCGGUAAGAUUCUGUGCGCCUCUCUCUCUCUCUCUCUCUCUCUCUCUCUCUCUCUCUCUCUCUCUCUCUCUCUCUCUCUCUCUCUCUCUCUCAUAUAUACUGUAUAGUGCCUUCAGAAAGUAUUCCACAUUUUGUUGUGUUACAGCCUGAAUUUAAAAUAGAUACAAAUUUAGAUUUUUUUUGUCACUGGCCUACACACAAUACCCCUGGCGGGUAGGAGCGUUGGGCCAGUAACCGAAAGGUUGCUGGAUCGUAUCCCCGAGCUGACAAGGUAAAACUCUUGUCAUUCUGCCCCUGAACAAGGCAGUUAAUCCACUGUUCCCCGGGCACCGAUGACGUGGAUGUCGAUUAAGGCAGCCCCCCAGCACCUCUCUGAUUCAGAGGGAUUGGGUUAAAUGCAGAAGACACAUUUCAGUUGAAUGCAUUCAGUUGUACAACUGACUAGGUAUCCCCCUUUCCCCAUAAUGUAAAAGUGGAAUUAUGUUUUUUGCCAUUUUUACAAAUUUAUUUUAAAUGACAAGCUAAAAUGUCUUCAGUCAAUAAGUAUUCAACCCCUUUGUUAUGGCAAGCCUGAGAAAGUUCAGGAGUAAAAUGUGCUUAACAAAUCACUUAAUAAGUUGCAUGGACUCACUCUGUGCAAUAAUAGUGUUUACAUGAUUUUUGAAUGACUACCUCAUCUCUGUACCCCACACAUACAAUUAUCUGUAAGGUCGAGCAGUGAAUUUCAACCACAUAGACCAGGGAGGUUUUCCAAUGCCUCGCAAAGAAGGGCACCUAUUGGUAGAUUGGUAAAAAUGUAAAAGCAGACAUUGAAUAUCCCUUUGAGCAUGGUGAAGUUAUUAAUAACACUUUGGAUUGUGUAUCAAUACACCCAGUCACUACAAAGAUACAGGCCUCCUCCCUAAAUCAGUUGCCGGAGAGGAAGGAAACUGCUCAGGGAUUUCACCAUGAGGCCAAUGGUGACUUUAAAACAGUUACAGAGUUUAAUGGCUGUGAUAGGAGAAAACAGAGGAUGGAUCAACAACAUUGUAGUUACUCCACAAUACUAACCUAAUUGACAGAGUGAAAAGAAGGAAGCCUGUACAGAAUACAAAUAUUCCAAAACAUGCAUCCUGUUUGCAACAAGGCACUAAAGUAAUACUGCAAAAACUUUGGCAAAGCAAUUAACUUUUUGUCCUGAAUACAAAGUGUUAUGUUUGGGGCAAAUCCAAUACAUCACAUUACUGAGUACCACUCUCACGCUCCAUAUUUUCAAGCAUAGUGGUGGCUGCAUCAUGUUAUGGGUAUGCUUGUAAUCGGUAACAUUACAUUUACGCCAUUUAGUGGACGCUCUUAUCCAGAGCGACAUACAGGAGCAAUUAGGGUUAAGUGCCUUGCUCAAGGGCACAUCGGCAGACUGUUCACCCUGUCAGUGACUCGAACCAGCAACCUUUCAGUUACUGGCCCAAUGCUCUUAACCAGUAGGCUACCUGCCAUCUGGGAGAUGAAUUCACCUUUCAGCAGGACAAUAACCUAAAACACAAGGCCAAAUCUACACUGGAGUUGCUUAUCAAGAAGACAGUGAAUGUUCCUGAGUGGCCAAGUGACAGUUUUGAUUUAAAUCUACUUGAAGAUCUAUGGCAAGACCUGAAAAUGGUUGUCUAGCAAUGAUCAACAACCAAUUUUACAGAGCUUGAAGAAUUUUGAAAAUAAUAAUGCGCAAAUGUUAAACAAUCCAGAUGUGGAAAGCUCUUAGAGACUUACCCAGAAAGCCUUACAGCUGUAAUCACUGCCAAAGGUGCUUCUACAAAGUAUUGACACAGGGGUGUGAAUACUAAUGUCAAUGAGAUAUUUCUGUGUUUCAUUUUCAAUAAAUGUGCUAAAAUAUCUAAAAACAUGUUUUCACUUUGUCAUUAUGGGGUAUUGUGUAUAGAUGGUUAAGAUAAAAAAUAUAUUUAAUCCAUUUUGAAUUUAGGCUGUAACACAACAAAAUGUGGAAUAAGUCAAGGGGAGUUCACUACUGCUUUAACCAAUAAAACAACACCUAUUUCCACAGAGAAAAGUAAAGAAGCAUAAAGGGAUUUUUUAAGAAAUUAAUUCAGAGAACAUGGCUUGAUAAUGCAAUUUUAUUUUGUUUCUGUCUAGAAUCAAAAUGUAUAUAUUUUGACAGGCAUUUCCAUGUCGUUUGGAUUUACUUGGGGAUGCCUUUGAAGCUCUCCUAUGGCAGGGGUGUCAAACUCAUUUUUGCCCCAGGGGCCGCAUUCGGUCUUCAGCGAGGUCCAGAGGGCCGCACUGGAAAUUGGUUAUAUUUCCUCGACGUCAACAUUUUCUAAAAAUAGUCCUGUAUCUAUCGUUUUUGACAUUUUCGAUGCUGCUUGACUAUCAAGCUUUCAUUUAGGUGAUUAUUGGCGAGCUGGACACAGUCAAGAAACUGUAUGGAUGUAGGUCCGUUAUAAUUUCUACACAGUUUCGAUUUGGUUUUACCCAUUUUAAAGUAUAUUUAAAGUUAGGUUCCCCCUCCCCUAAAAAAGUAUUGUUGCUCAAACCACCCGCGGCCCAGAUUGGACCCCUCGUGGGCCGCAUCUGGCCUGCAGAACGUAUGUUUGACACCCCUGUUCUAUGGCAUAUAGGCCUACCCUUAAGGUGGUUCUGAGGAAAGAACACAUUUUCAGGGAACAAUGAGGAAUUAAACUCUUUGUAGGAAUAAUCCAACUCAGAAAUCGCCCUUUGGACAUCUGGGCAGCAGUCAUAAUCAGCUGAAAAAAGGCCUUCCGGCAAACCAAGGUCUGCUAUCUCUUAUCGUGACAUGACUUACUUUAAUGUAUGAUUGUUAUUUAUCGAAUUACCUAACUAUGUUUAAUUGUCACUCGAUUAAAUUAAUCAUGUAACAAUUAACUCAUUAGGAAUUUGGUGCACCACGGAAGAAGUUGUUUAACGAGUUACCAUCUCCCGAAUUAAACUCUUAGAAGAUAUAUAUGUUAUAUAUCGAUAACAGUCACUUAUUAAAUAAUUACCUCUUAUCAGUCCCAUUCUGAACGUCAUAUAAUCCUUGAACCUGCAAAAACCCUAACCUUAUUGAUGAAUCAGCGAUACACAAAUUGGCUUAAUUAUUUAUUUACUAACUAACUAAAUAAUAACACAAUACAAACACACACACACACACACAUAGGUUAUUGAUUACUAACUUAAUACAAUGAAAACAGGUCCCUAGUGGACUGGACUAACAUUAGCAUGAAUGCUUGGGUAGAAGGAGGGUCAGAGUGGAAGGGAGAGACAGAUUCAAACUAUCGUGGUUACUUUGGAAACUAUGCUCAUUUGGAUUAGAAAUGCAACAUGUAUUUACGUGUAGCUGUCCUCGAUAGUUAAGUUGAUGAUGUAGGACUCUGGUUUGCCCACCAGAGAUCCCAAUGUCCUUGGUAGAGUUUCAAGUCGUAGUGCUGGUUAGAAUGAAUACUUCAGAUGUACCAGCGGUUGUCUGAGAGGGAUUGUCCUUCCCACCUCGUGUCUUUAGUGAAAGUUCUCUAGACGACUAUACAUGCCAGCUGCAGACUGAAAUGAUAAGGUCUAGUGCAUUGUCUUCUUCUUCACCUCAUGUAGAGGUUGAGAGUUUCAUAGUUUCUCCAUUUCAAACGUGUGGACUAACGUCUCACGUUUUCUAGUCUUUCUGGUCUAACCAUUUUGUAACGUGUAGCUUCAGCUUCACGCUUCUUGGGCUUAUACCGUAGUAUGCUUGGUCUUCCUUUUGUAACGUUUAGCUCACGCUUCACGUCUGCUGGUCUUGUAGAGUGUCAACCAUUUUAAGCAGUGGGCUUCCUGGUCUGGUAGAAAUUCAACCAUUUGCAACGUUUAGCUCACGCUUCACGUCUGCCGGUCUGAGGUGAAUUUCGGCUUUUUAUGCACUCGGGGUAAAAGGGGCAUUCCAUCAUAUUUGUGGUCAUCUGGGCGUGGCCACUGACUGAGAACAAAUCAAUAUGGAAAACAAUCAUCUCAUCUAGAAUGCUAAAAUCACAUUGUUAUCUUCACAAAAGUAUUAUUAUACUUAAUCAUUCAUUUUAUACAACAAUUAGAUGCUCUGUCUCUUUAGCUUAUUCCCCUACAAGGCCCCCUGAAGACUAUGUUCUGUCUCUUUAGCUUAUUCCCCUACAAGGCCCACUGAAGACCAUGCUGCAGAUCUCAGUAGUACCCAUCAUCAACAGUAAGUAUCAUUUUAUAGCAGAUCAGUUUAACCCCACAAUACAUCAUCAAUAUACAUAAAUCAUGUAAUUCAGGUAACAAAACCAUAACCCAGUGUAAUUCGUUAUAAGACUGUUGACUUUAAACAUUACAUCUUUAAUCGUUCAUCCGGUGAUUCAAUUUCAGACUGGACCAAGAGAGGUGUCUCGAUCCCUCUUGCAGAUGGUUUGGACUUCAUAGAGGAAGUGGUGGAGUAUCAUAAUGUAAGUCUCAAGGCUUCUGUUGCUUCUGUUAUGCAAGAACACCACAUUCAAUAUAGUUCUAUCAAAUUGUGGCUGGUUCAAUAUUAUCUGAAAGUAGAAAUUAUCAUGAAUAAUUUUUUACAAUCGUAGCCACCUACAUCAUCAACUUGACACCUCGGCCAAUCACCAGGGCACGACGUCGUGGAACGUUCAGUUAGAAAUAGGAUAUAUUGUCUAGAACAAACCUCUCUGACAUGUAGAAUAAAGAAUCACGUUGGCUCUAUUCAUAACAUUUCACAUCUGGAAUGUUCCACAAUGUUUGGCUUCUGAAUGUGGCCCUGUUGAUGUACAGCAGCCAAUCAGCUUCUCCACCCUUGACCUUUCACCCUUCAGGGUUACCUCAUCAUCGGGGCAAACCUACAUUUCAGCAAGGGCCUGAGGGAGAUGAUCGAAAGGAAAAUCCAGGCUGAUGCCGAGAACACCAUCUAA